AGCGAAAAAAAAUAUUUGCAAUAUUAGCAAUUCAUGAAUUACAAAAAGAAAUGGAAAAAGAUUAUCAUGAAAAACGCUUUUGUGUUGAACCAAUAUUUAAAAAACGCCAUACUCAUGGAUUUUAUCAUUCAAUUUUUCCAGUCAUGUCAUUAAAUGAAAGUCAAUUCAGAAACUAUUUUUGCAUGACGGCAACACAAUUUGAAGAAUUAUUACUUUUAAUUACUCCUCAAAUCACCAAACAAACAAUGAUUCAAGAGCCAAUUUCUGCCGAAGAAUGGUUAUCAAUGACAAUAAGAUUUUUGGCAUCUGGUGAUUCUAUGACUUCUAUGUCUUAUCAAUAUCCCAAUGGCUUGACAACUGUGAGUGAUAUUAUUGAAGAAACAUGUAAUGCUAUAUGGAAUAAUCUUCAACAGCAAGUACUUCCAUCUUCUUUAGCAAAAGAAGAUUGGUUAAACAUUGCACAUGAUUUUGAAGAAUUAUGGAAUUUUAAACAUUGUGUCGGAGCAAUUGAUGGAAAACAUAUUUUAAUACAGUGUCCUAAUAAUUCGAGUUCAUCAUAUUUCAAUUACAAAAAUAAUCACAGUGUUGUUUUGCUUGGAAUAUGUAAUGCAAAGUAUAUCUUUACAUUUGUGGACAUUGGAGCUUAUGGUCAACGUAGUGAUGGUAGCAUCUUUAAAGGUUCCUUGAUUGGACAAUCUUUUCAUAAUAAACAAAUGAAUUUACCAGAACCAGAACCUAUUACAUCGGAUGGACAACCUUUACCCUACAUACUUGUGGGAGAUGAAGCAUUUCAAUUGUCAGAUUAUUUACUUCGACCUUAUCCAGGAAAAGAAAAUCUAACUCAAGAUCGAAUGAUUUUUAAUUAUCGUCUUAGCCGUGCUAGAAGGACAAUUGAAAAUGCUUUUGGCAUUUUAGUGAGUAGAUGGAAAAUUUUGAGGCGACCAAUUAUUUGUAAUGUUAAACAAAUAAUGAAAAUAGUUCAAGCAAUAAUAUGUCUCCAUAAUUGGCUUCGCUUGCAAGAUGUUGAGGAGAAUCAAUACAUAUCUCCAUCAAUGAUUGAUCAAGAUGAUCCAAAUGGUUUAAUUCUUGGUUCUUGGAGAAAAUACACUGAAAAUAGUGCACUUCGUGACAUAACUAAAUGCGGUACUAAUACCAGUAGUCGCCAAGCUAGACAAAUUCGAGAAGAAUUUUGUCAAUAUUUUAACAAUGAGGGAGCUAUAUCGUGGCAAUUUGAUCACUGUUAA